GAAACAGUUGACGGACCCGGUGGGAAGCGGCUUCUGUGCUUGUUGCCACGUCGGAGUAGUUGUUGAACCUGACUUAUUCAUUUGGAGGAAUAUACGAAAUCAUUUUCUGUAGUGUUUUCUGGUUUAACCGCAGUCAUGGUUUCCGUUAUUAACACGGUGGACACCUCUCACGAGGACAUGAUCCACGACGCCCAGAUGGAUUACUACGGUACUCGACUCGCCACCUGCUCCUCUGACCGCACCGUAAAAAUCUUUGAUGUCAGAAAUGGAGGGCAGAUCCUUGUAGCAGACCUCAGAGGCCACGAGGGUCCUGUGUGGCAGGUGGCGUGGGCUCACCCGAUGUUUGGCAACAUUCUGGCUUCCUGUUCCUACGACCGUAAAGUCAUCAUCUGGAAGGAGGAGAACGGAGCCUGGGACAAGAUGUAUGAAUACUGUGGGCACGAGUCAUCGGUAAACUCUGUCUGCUGGGGUCCGUAUGACUUUGGUCUGAUCCUGGCCUGCGGCAGCUCAGAUGGAGCCAUUUCUCUUCUCACAUUCACUGGUGAUCAGCAGUGGGACGUCAAGAAGAUCAGCAACGCACACACUAUUGGUUGUAAUGCAGUGAGCUGGGCUCCUGCUGUAGUUCCAGGCAGCCUGAUUGAUCAGCCGUCAGGACAGAAACCAAACUACGUCAAACGCUUCGUCUCCGGAGGCUGCGACAACCUUGUCAAGCUCUGGAAAGAGGAGGACGGUCAGUGGAAGGAGGACCAGAAGCUGGAGGCUCACAGUGAUUGGGUGAGAGACGUUGGCUGGGCACCUUCUAUUGGUCUUCCCACCAGCACCAUCGCCAGCUGCUCCCAGGACGGACGCGUGUUCAUCUGGACGUGUGACGACCCAGCGGGCAACACCUGGACGGCCAAACUGCUCCACAAGUUCAAUGAUGUCGUUUGGCACGUUAGCUGGUCGAUCACCGGAAAUAUCUUGGCAGUUUCUGGAGGAGACAACAAGGUGACGCUGUGGAAGGAGUCGAUGGACGGUCAGUGGGCGUGUAUCAGUGACGUCAGCAAGGGCCAGGGCGCCGUCUCCAACAUCACAGACACACAGCAGAACGAGCAGUGACAAACACAAACAAGCACACUUUCAUAACAAUGACCUCUGACUCUACAAGAAUGACCUUAAUCUUCAAAGAUGAGUUAACUUUUUUUGAGCGAACAUUGUCCACACAGACUGAGCUACUUUUAAUGUCUCUGUUUGGUAAUGACAUUAUGAGUCAAACAGGAGUUCAGCUGUACAGUUUGUUCAGGAUAAGUGUUUCUAAAGUUUAUCAGAAAGGUAAGAAACCUUCACAGUUGAAAGACGGAGAGUCUCCGCUAAGUGUUUGGGUUCUUUUCCUCUCUGAUAAUGUCUGGAAAUGCAAACAUGACUGAUAAUUCCCCUGACAUAUUAUUUUAUCAGAUACACUCCACCGAGUUUCCACAUGUACAUCAAUACCGGUUGAAACAGAACUUGGUAUACAGCUUUACACCCAUCCCCCAUCUCGUCCCAUAACUCUCUGCUCCAGAAACAUUCCACCUCCACCAGCGGAGAACAAAACUCUACCAUCGCCCCGGAUGAUCUCAGCAGUCUCUUGACUUUCAACACUUUAUUUUAUUUAGUUGUUCACUCAAACAGUGAAACAAUCUUUGUACUGAGCAGAAAAGCCCCCGUGUGCAACUGUAAAACUGUUAUCUCCAUUAUAUCUCAUGUAUUUGGUGCAAAACUAGCUUCACUGCUCAGGCUCUAAAUAAGUAAAUCCUCGUAUUCUCACAGUGAGACAAAUCAGAGAAAGAAAUACGUCCUCAACGUCAGCCAGUAUAUUUAAUAAGAAUGAAUAAAUGAUUUAUAAAGUAAGCUGUUGACGAGUACACUUUCUUUUCAACACAGUACCACAGGUGUCAACAACCACAAGUCAACAGGUGUUUGUGAAUUCAGAACCUGCCUUAAUUAAUCAGCCGCUACGCAGCUAUGGCAACCGGAUGUGAAAUCAGAAAACAGUGGAUGUUUUUUUUCAUAUUUGAUGUAAUUAAAUAACUUUAAUGUUUAAACAA